AUGCAUUUACGACUUUACACGGAUUUGAGCGGGGUUCGUUACGUUGCAGAAAGUCGAGCGUUUACACCGCUUACGAAAUUAAGUAAAGCGAGUAAGUAAAAUCGAAUCUACGCGACGCAAUUGUAAUAAGAAUAAUUAGGAUAAGUAGAGUGGAAGAGAUAAAGACUGAAGUAGAAUUUCACUUUGUCCCUCUCGAUGCAGUUACCUUUUUUUCCAGCUACGAUUGCGCAACGUUUUAUCCCACGGAUUAAAAACGUGCGCAAGAAGUAGCGAACGGCAACGAUCCUUUUCUUCCUUUCUUCCCAAUUACAUCAAUAUUCGAUCGUAACACGCGAUACUCGCGCGAUCGAGAGUAAAUUUGAAAUAUUGGAAAUAUCUUGCCUCGUUUCACCAUCGCGCCUCACGUUAUGUUUUUUGCACGCGUCGCUACCGGCGUUAUAGAAUCACGGUUAGCGGCUAAUUGUUGUGCUCGUUCAGUUUCACCGCACGGAACAAUUCGAUUUUCCUUCCUCGUGGCCGAAUUCGAUUCACCGUGCUGCGUGCUGGAAAAACACGCGAAGGAGAAACGUGAAGAAAGAAACAACUCUCUGUGAAGAAGGUUUAAGAACGAGUUUUUCGUGCAAGUGAGGAAAAUCCUCGCGACGAUUACGGUGUGUCCCAUCGAUGAUGAAUAAAUUUAUAUAGAAGAUAACGAGACAGGCCGAAGCGGGGAAGAGGUAAAAUUUGACGAAACACUACUCGAUGAAACGGUCGUUGCAAUUCGCGUUACGUCAAUUUCGUUACGCCGGAAAUCGUGCUGAAUUUUUCAUUGUGCAAUUCUGGCUGUGUUCUGGCCGACACGUCGUAAUAACACGCACGAGAUGCAACACGAAACGAUUCGCAAGACGACACCGAUCUCUCGAGCAAACGAGCAAUUGAGAGUAUUUCGGUAUGAAUUUGUUGAGUUUCAGUUUUCACAGGGUGUCGUGUCGCGGAAGUGGACGGAAGUGGAGCACCGAAUAAGGGGUCCGAGAGGGUCGAUCGCUGUUAGUGAAAGGGGUCCGUGUGCAAUGCAAUCGUUGUACGUUGUACCCCCGCCUCGUGUGUUGGUUCCCUAGGCCUGGGCAGGGCACCGCUAUAAAAGCAUACCGCGUCGACCCUCGGAUAGCUAGUGUUUUCCCGUGUACUGCACAAGAAAAAUCGCCUACGAUGAAGUUUGUCGUACACGCUCCGGAAGUGCAUCAUGUGCUCCAGAUCCCGCAGCAACCGUCGAUCCCGCCCCCGCACCCUCAGCCCUUGAACAUUAAGAUUCCACACGUGUCGGCCGUGAAGAUCCCGUACCACGGACCCAAGAUCGUACAGCCACAUCUGAUCGGCGUCGAAUCCCACUACGAGGAGCCGCAGGUCAAACUGGUCAAAGUUCCCGUCUCGCAUCAUCCCUGGGAUUAA